AUGAUCAACCCUACAUCACUUUUACGGAGCCAGUUGUCUGCUACCCUGUUUGCAUGCCGUAAUCUAUCAACAAGCUUUAAACGUCAGCUAAAUGCUGCUUCAUUUACCGACAAAAAUACUUCAAACCAAAGAGUCCACAACCAGAAGAAAUUGAGAGGAUUCAAAAAAGAAGCAAGAGAGGCAACUGAAGCGGAUGAUAUCGUCAAUAGCGUUAUAAAUGAAGAGUCGAAAUUUGGCAGGAGCGGUCCAUUUGAUGCUGCAUCCAAAUCAGCACAAGACAUACCUGAAGAACCACCAGUGCACAUCUCACCUCGUUUCCGAAAAAGCUUUUAUGUUGGUGAAAUCAAUAGUCCCUUUGAUUACAGUAUGAACAGGCACACAAUGGAGGUUAAGGAAAGACAAUCGAGACCUCGUUUCGCUUCUGAUAUCUUUAGACAAACAAAAAUUGACCCUCGGAACUUGUAUUUGAUGCCCGAAGUAUUGUCCAAGUUUAUCACAUCAAGUGGCCAAAUCAUGUCAAGAGACAUGACUGGAUUGUCUUCUAGCAACCAGCGGAAAUUGGCUGCUGCUAUCAAGACGGCAAGAUCUUUGGGCUUGUUAUCAACUGUACACAAAUAUAACGACUACUUGCCAAAGAGACUCUUUUAA